AACUCAAACAGGAUAGACCCAACUCCCACUGCAGUGCUGAGGGAGCGCCGCACUGUUGGAGGGUCAGUGCUGAGGGAGCGCCGCACUGUCGGAGGGUCGGGUGUGGAAGUGGCUGUGGAGGAUGGUGACCAUCAAGGUGAUGUUACUAGGCAACGAGCUAGUGGGCAAGACCUCGCUGAUCGUCUGUCUCACCAGCAGAGCCUUCCCCCAGGACAGUGUGCCAACUGUCUUUGAUGCCGUCACUACCCAGAUCACCGUGGACCAGCGGAUGGUCACUCUGAACUUGUGGGACACAGCUCCCCAAGAGGAGCAUAUGCUGUCCAUACGGCAGUUCUACUAUCCACAGACUGACAUCUUCAUCAUCUGUUUCUCCAUCGGGGACCCGGGCUCCUACCACGAUAUCUGGAAUGACUGGUACCCAGAGGUUAAACGCCAUCGACCCAACGUGCCCGUGUUACUGGUUGGCACCAAGAAGGAUCUCCGCCAUGAUCCCAGCACCAUCCUGAACCUCCUCAAACGUGAACUGGCACCAAUCAGUUACCAACAAGGGGCCAGGCUCGCCCGUAAGAUCAAGGCGGUGAAGUACAUGGAGUGCUCGGCGUUGCUGUGUGAUGGUGUCCUCGAGGUGUUUGAGGAGGCAGCACGGACUGUUCUCCAUCGGAGCCAUCGGAAGCAGACCAGGAGCUGUGUGCUGACCUGACAGGGACAACCAGCAGCAUGUGCCACCCACCCCUUCCCCCUCACUCCCUCUCCCAACCUCUCACUCUCUCUCCUUUACCCUCUCACUUGCUCUCUCUCU